AUGCUGAAACAGAGUGAAAGGCGACGGUCUUGGGGCUCCAAGGCCUGGAUUACUGCGGACAGUGAGAUCACAUCGCACACAGAAGCCAGCCAACACCGUGGGAGCCUCUGCUCCGUGGGAGGUCGCAGUGGCUCCCAAGCUAGCAUCACUCCAUGGAUCGAAGGCAACUAUAACUACUACAUCGAGGAAGAGGAGGAGGAAGAAGAGAUGGAGGACUGGAAGGACGACCUAGCAGAGGACAAUCAGCCAGAAGAAACAGCCACGACGUCCCAGCUCCAGGGUGGCUCGGACCAGCUCCCAGCCACGUCCACGCUGAAUGUCAACGUUGGCGGCCAGAGCUACCAGCUGGACUACCAGGAGCUGGCCUGCUACCCCAAGACGCGCUUGGGCCGCCUGGUGACCGCUCCCAGCCGCAGCCGCCAGUUGGGACUGUGCGAUGAUUACGAGGAGCCCACCGACGAGUAUUUCUUCGACCGGGACCCGGCGGUUUUCCAACUCGUGUACAAUUUCUACGCGUCCGGCGUGCUGCUGGUGCGCGAUGAGCUGUGUCCGCGCAACUUUCUGGAGGAGCUGGGCUACUGGGGGGUGCGGCUCAAGUACUCCCCUCGCUGCUGCCGCAUCUGCUUCGAGGAGCGGCGGGAUGAGCUGAGCGAGCAGCUCAAGAUCCAGCGCGAGCUGCGAGCCCAGGCUCUGGCCGAGGAGGCCGAGGAGCUCUUCCGAGACGUGCGCUUCUUCGGGCCGCAGCGCCAACGCCUCUGGAACCUCAUGGAGAAGCCCUUCUCGUCGGUGGCGGCCAAAAUCAUCGGCGUGGCCUCCAGCCUCUUCGUGCUCAUCUCCGUGGUGGCGCUGGCGCUGAACACGGUCGAGGAGAUCCACCGGCAGCCAGAUGUGGGAGGCAGCGGUGGCCACCCGAGGCCCAUCCUGGAGCACGUGGAGCUGCUGUGCAUGACCUUCUUCACCCUCGAGUUCCUGCUCCGCUUGGCUUCCACGCCCGAUCUUCGGCGCUUUGCCAGGAGUGCUCUCAACGUGGUGGACCUGGUGGCCAUCCUGCCCCUGUACCUGCAGCUGUUGCUCGAGAGCAUCCCCGGGGAGGACCAGCCGCAUGGCAAAGGGUCGCCCCGGGAACAUGACCUGGAGACUGUGGGCCGCGUGGGCAAGGUGGGCCAAGUGCUGCGCAUCAUGCGUCUCAUGCGUAUCUUUCGCAUCCUCAAACUGGCACGCCACUCCACUGGUCUGCGCGCCUUCGGCUUCACGUUGUGCCAGUGCUACCAGCAGGUGGGAUGCCUGCUACUCUUCAUCGCCAUGGGUAUCUUCACCUUCUCUGCAGCUGCCUACUCAGUGGAACAUGACGUGCCUGGUACUAACUUCACCAGCAUUCCCCACGCCUGGUGGUGGGCAGCGGUGAGCAUUUCCACUGUGGGUUAUGGAGACAUGUACCCAGAGACCCACCUAGGCAGGCUCUUUGCCUUUCUCUGCAUUGCUUUUGGAAUCAUUCUCAAUGGGAUGCCCAUUUCCAUCCUCUACAACAAGUUCUCCGAUUACUACAGCAAGCUCAAGGCUUACGAGUAUACUGCCAUGCGAAGAGAAAGAGGAAGUGUGGAGUUCUUGCAGAGAGCCAGAAAGAAGAUGGUGGAGUGUUUAGCUAGAAGCAAUUUACAACCUACCCCAAGACAAGAAAAUUAG